UCGGCUGUGUUUUGUCACAGUGUUUUUUUAAUUUCAGCCUAUUGUGACGCUGGAUAAUACACGUCACGUGCCCAAAGGCGCUGUCGCUUCAUCACUCGACCUAUUAACGUUAUUAUUUUUGCGCUUGCUUUGAGCGUUGACGACCUGGACGUGCUGACAUUAGCUGAGUAGCUACGCUAUCUAGCCACACAGCGAGCUAACUUAGCUGCAAGUGUUCUUCCAAAAGACUGAAUGCAUCAAACGCUGACCUCAUAAGCACAUCCGGUGAAGGACGACGUGAUGGGUUCGGUCAGAGCGAUGGCGUCAACCAGGUUACUGUGUUUGUUCAACGCGAAGGCAGCAGACUCGACCAACACAUUAGCCAGGGCAUACUGGAGUGUGUGCCCCAGGAGGCACAUAUGCAGUUCACCUUCAAGACUGCACGGCUGUAUGUCCGCCUGGGUCAUUGAUCAGUAUGGCACUAAUGGUUCAUUGAAGUACACAGAAGAACUUCCGGUCCCCACUGUCAGUUCUCCCAGCGAGGUGAUGAUUAGAGUCCAUGCCGCCAGUCUCAACCCUCUUGAUAUAUCUAUGAGGGGUGGUUAUGGUGCUAAAAUACUUAAAUUCAGAAGGGAUCCAUUGUCUGUGAUGCACGAUGACAGUGAGUUCCCUCUGAUUCUGGGUCGUGACGUGUCUGGGGUGGUGGAGGACUGUGGAUCUGAGGUGACACAUGUUGUUCCAGGAGAUGAGGUGUGGGCCACGGUUCCCCCAUGGAAACAAGGCAGUUUGGCAGAAUUUGUGACUCUAACAGAGUAUGAGGUUUCCCAUAAACCAAAAUUAUUGAGUCACACAGAGGCAGCAUCGAUCCCAUAUGUAGCCAACACGGCUCUGUCUGCACUUGUCAAUGCAGGUGGUCUUUGCAGAGACAGCUCGUCAAAUAAAAGAGUUUUGAUCACUGGAGGAUCGGGAGGUGUUGGAACAUUUUCUAUUCAGUUAUUGAAGGCCUGGGGUGCCCACGUAACCGUUACCUGCUCACAGAACGCCGAAGGCCUCGUUAGAGGGCUGGGGGCCGAUGAGGUCGUGGACUACACGGCACGAGAUUCGCUUAAACAGCUAGAAAUGAUGGAGAAGUUUGACGUGAUCUUGGACAACGUGGGGGGGGAAACGGAGCAGUGGGCGAUGGGCCUGCUGAAGCCUUGGUCUGGGGCAAAGUACGUCACGCUGGUAACACCUUUACUCCUCAACACUGAUUCCUUGGGCCUCAUGGGCGGGAUCCUUCAAGCUGGAUGCUCACUGCACAGCAAGGUCAUACAGAACGUCAUGUCAAGUGGAGUCUUCUAUCGGUGGGGAUUUUAUGCGCCAGAUGGGCCUGCCCUGGACGAGGUCAGCAAGCUGGUGGAUGCAGGGAUGAUCCUGCCAGUAGUGGAGGCCCAGUUUCCAUUUACCCAGGUGCCCCAGGCUUUCCAGAAGUUGGAGAAUGGCCACGCCAGAGGGAAGACAGUGGUCAGGGUGGUUGAAGAGGAUGACCAACAGGCCGAGGAGCAAAACGGUCGCUCAGAGACUGCAGGGUCUGAGCACGAAGUCCAAGAAACGGCCAAGACCAACUAGAGACAGUGGGCAGAGUACGAGUUGAGCUGUGAUUCCUCUCACCUUGUUUCAAAGGCCACUCCUGACAGCAGCAGACCGUUUACCAAGGAGAGCAGAGGUGCUGCUCUGAUGCAGCAGACGACAAGGGUGACCCGAGCUUGUCAUGGGAGCGUGCCGACUGUUGCGUUUGGUAAAGCGUAUUCCUUCCUGGACUGUCCUGUCACAAGAGCUAUGCAGCAUUCCCGCCAUGGCAACGUUAGAAAGGUUACCAGCCGUGGACUUUAAAUGCCAUUCAGGUCACUCAGCACCCAGCUGGUCCAACCAGGCUUUUAGUAGCUUUCUGAUUACUGCACUCUAUCCAGUCAGGAGUCACUUGAACCAGGAGGGCACACUGAGCGCAGACCUCCGCCAAGGCCACUCUACUCCACACUAAUUGGAAUCCUUGGUCCUUACCCCCUUCCACAGAAGGUCCAUUAAAUCAUAAAUUGGGGGUCUCUUCGUAUUUCAUACAGAACUACACUGAAAACAUGGUGUUUUUUUUUUUGCGUUUGUCCAUGUUGAGUUGUUUGACAACCAUCUUGUCAUAACUCUGGGAAUCUUUCCCAACAUUGUGUUACAUUUCACAUUUGGGUGAAUGCAGGUUACAAUAAGUGAGCGGAACAAAAUUAGUCAUUUAUUAUUUUGGCAAAAACAAAUAAUAAAGCUUGAAAUCUGAAACAUUAAGUCUGUACCUUGUUGUAAACCGAGUGCUGCUUGAUGUGCUGUACAAUAUAUCAAACACUUUUAUUGACAAAAAUACUUUUAUUAUCCUGAAAACAAGAGUUGUGUGCUGUGUAAUUUUGAUGAAACAAAUAAAAAGAUUGAUGGGAA